AUGGUAGAAAUCAAGAAUCCAUCUUCAUCUACAACUAUUACUCCUAAAAUUGCUGAUACUGUUCAAGAGGUAAAGGAAAACAUCCAAGAGAAUAUUGUUAAUGUCACAGUUGACAAUAAGGCAAUUGAUCAAACCAUUGAAGGAUUAAAGUCUCUUACCAAGGGUGAAAUUCCUUCUAAUGAACAACUUUUGAGUGGUGUUGAACAGGUGAAAGAUAUUGUUGACAAAUCAUCACAAUAUGUCACAUCAAGUCAAAAUAUUCAAGAACGUGCUAUUCACCUGUUAGACAUUGUUAAACAAUUAAUUGAAGAGAAGAAUAAGGAUCAGGUAUUGCAACAAUUCAUUUACAAUACCAACAUGUUCAUUGACAAGUACUCUGAUAAAGUUGUACAUGUAGUUAAGGAUACCACAAGUGAUGUGAAUGACCAACUCAAUCAAGAAACCAAGUCUUUCUAUGAAUCAGUUCAGAACUUUUCCAAUUUUAUUUUUGAACUGUUUAGAUCCAACUCAUUUAGACUUUUAAUGGUUGAUACAUUGAACUAUUUGAGAGUAUUGUCAAAUAAGAGCCUCACUAACAUUCAUUUGAAAGAGAAGGUUAAGGAUCAAAUGGAUGUUACUGAAGAUACUCCAAAGAAUAAGAGUGAUUGGGAAAAGCCAUUCUUAGAAUCAUCCAGUGUUGAAUCUUCUUCCAAGAAGCAAAAGACUAAGGUUGUUGCUGCAUCAGUAGAACCUACCAAGUCAGAUGUCAAAUCUGCUGAAUUAAAGCAAGAAAAGUUAGAAGACCAAAUUUAUGAUAGAUUUAGUGAACUUAUCAAGGAAUUCUCUUCAAAUAGAUCUUACAGAAAGGCAGUUUUGGGAUUCUCCAACAUGUUCGAUCAACUCAAGUUCAUUUUCAAUGAUAACAUUGAGAGUAACGUUAACGAUUUGGUUAAGGAAAUGCAAAAUGACAAGUACUUUAUCAAUAUGAAAGAGAAUGGUGAAAAGUUGUUAAUCCAAUGGGUUGGUAAUGAAAAGAUCAUCAAGGAUAUGGAACAAUCAUUGCAAGAUAUCUAUAAGGCAUUCAGCAAUGACAAGGAGCUUUCCAAAUUGUUAGAUCAAGUUGAGAAGGACACUCAUUUGGAUAUUCAUUAUGUUGAUGAGAAUGUUGAAUAUGAACUGAAGGGCUUGAGAAUGAAUGCAUCUGACUUGUUACCAUCACAUGUUAAAAUGUCUGGUCACUCUGUUACAGACAUUGAUUAUAGUGAAGAUAAGCUUGCUGAUAGUCUCCAAGGAACUCAAUCAACCCUUGUAUUGCACUUGAGUGGAAUAGUAUUCCACUUUAAGGAUGUUCAAUUUUGGUUCAAGAGAUUCUCUUUCCCACAACUCUCUGAUGAAGGUUUAUUGAAUAUUGAUACUGGAGAUGAUGGUGUUAUGAUUCACUUGAAGAUUAAUGUUGAUACAUCCACUAAUGAACUUGGUGAUACUGAAUGGUUCAAAUACAACUCUAUCACUGUCGAUAUUGAUGACUUGAAAUUGAAAUUCACUCAUGCAGAACAUCACGAAAUUCUGUUGAGAGUUUUAUCUGGUUACAUUCAGAAUAAUGUUAGAAGAAGACUUAAGGAUCAAUUACAAGACAUGUUGCAAAAUUACAUGGUUGAUGGAUUGCAAAGAUUGAAUCAUCUUUUGGAACAAUCAAGUGAAAAUAUCAAUAGAUUAGGAGAUCAAUGGGCACAAAGUAGCGGUAUCAGAGAAUUGGUUUCUGGAGGUGAAGGUAUCACUGACACUGUCAGUAGAGUUGUCUCAAAUCAACUUGCUGGCUUUGAAGAAUUGUAA